AAACGACGUUAAAAUGUCUGAACGACCUGCUUAUGGUUUAGCUUAAAACACAACAGCUUAGUUUUGUUUUUAAUUUACUUUUGCUUAUAUUUAGUUUGGCGAAGUAGACAUUGUGUUAGAUGGAGACCAAUAACUUAUCAUGAAACUCAGGGUGGAUAAUGACAGGAUUGAUUCCAGAAGAGCGCUGAAACUGAGGGAGUCUCCUGCUGUGAUGCAGCCUGACGCAUGUGAGCGAGGCGCUCAUACAGGAAAUGGUGUAACCCCAAUCCUGCAACCAGAACUUACUAGGACACUGGCCCCUGGUGCUGCUGGUGCUGCUGCUGCCAACCCAGAGAGCAAUGAGGUGCGGGUGAGCAUGACCGGCAAGAUCGGGGAGUCCAGUGGUGGCGCAUCAACCAGAAGGUCUCGAGUCAACUCCCACAGCCACUCCCAUUCUCAGCCACAUGGACACAACCGGCUGCCUCACCACUCGAAUUCGGAGACCGACCUUGACCCGCCCGACCCCGAUCUGGACUCUGGGGAGCCCAGCACCUCCUUUUCUGAGCUUCGCUGUCUCUUCCGCUGGCUUCAAAAGAGUCUUCCUUUCCUUGUCAUUGUGUGUUUUAAACUAGUCAUCCAACACGCUCUUGGUCUAGCAAUUGGGGUUGGCCUCUUUACAACUUUUCUAUAUGUGAAUAAAAACAUUCAAACUCAAGUCUUUCUACAGGGCCGUCACUCAAAGCUGCAGUGUGUAUGGCUGCUACUGUUCCUGAUCUCCUCCACCCUCCUGCUUUACUACACCUUUCUCCCAGAGACCCUUCACUAUUGCCUCAUCUCCCUCAGUCCAACCAUUGAGCCGCUGGGUUUCUGGGAGGUUCUCUGGGCUGUCGGCAUCACCAACUUCAUAAUAAAGUUUAUUUUUAUGGGGAUUAAGUGCCUUAUUCUGCUGCUGCCAUCCUCACUGGUGACAUACAGAACCCAGGGGCGGUGGGUGAUGCUGAGUGAGGAGCUGGGCCAGGUCCACCAGGCCACGGCACCUGUCCCACUUUGGUUCCGCUACCUGGUCACGUACCAGGAGGUUGACGGUACCCCUGGACUCGCACUGGGGGUCCUGCUGGCUUUGCUUUACCUCAUACUGAAGCUUUUGGGGUUGUACGGACAAUGGACGUCUUUCCUGAAAACCGUGAGGAUAUUGGUAAAGGGCGAGCAUACUGGCUCAGCAGCCACGAGGAGUCAGUGCAGCGAGGCUGGAGACGUCUGUCCCAUCUGUCAGGGAGAGUACAGGGAGCCCCGGGUUCUGAUCUGUCAGCACAUCUUCUGUGACGAAUGCAUCGCCCUGUGGUUUAACCGGGAGAAGAGCUGCCCUCUCUGCCGCACCGUGAUCACAGAGAAGGUUUACAAAUGGCGGGACGGAGCCACAUCUCCACACUUGCAGAUUUAUUGAUCGAUAAGGGGCUUUUGGGUGCAGGGCAUUGGUAUAAACUUGUAUGUAAUGUGAUUUUCUGUUGCUUUCAAACCCCGCAGACGGUAAUGUUGUACACACUGUUUAAUGACUCAUCUAAGGGCUGUGCUCCCUGCAGGCCGAGGUCAGUAAGGACACACACUGCACCUACAGUAGGCAUUUACCAGCACAUCCCUACUUGUACCUGCACGCUCAGACAAGAGAAUGUUGAUUGUCAUGCCCACAAGUGAUUUUUCUUUUACAUUUUUUCUUCUUCCCCUUUUUGGUUUUGACUUUUUUUACCUUUACUCUAGAUAUAAACGUUCCUGAUUAGGCAGCACAUUGUUUUACUUCCUCAAUUUCUGCUAUUUGUAAAUAUGGGAACAUUAGAGAAUAUAUAUAUAUAUAAAAAAGUAUUUCAAAUAUUCCUCUUCCAUCACGUUUGGACAAACAUGCAACACAAAACCCUUUCUUAUCCUGUAUUUCUGCAUUUUUUUGGAAGCGACUUAUUUGUAAUAAUCAAUGUUUGAAGGGGGCUUUCUGAAUUCUGCUUUAGCUGCAUUUUUGACCUUGAACGGGACUGCAAAGACUUGGAGGAAGCCCAGUACAGCUUAACAUCAACCGGCCCGGACCUGACCUUUGCCAGCAUGUCUCCACGGCAGGUUAAAGUAGGACCGUGUGAUGAUAAACACUUUGGCUUUUGGGUCCCAUUACUUUCCAUGGCCUGAUAAAGAUGCAACUGAGCGUGGGAGACUAAUUCUCACACAUUAUUUUUCUAUGGAGGCGACAGCAUUGUUUUUGUAAAUACCAAAGACUGGGAGAAAUAUCUAUUUUAUUAUGGACAAAAUCAUUUCAAUGUUAUUUUUAUCCAUUUAGAUGCAUAAACUAUCUGAAUAAAAUUCUACCAUUUGAA